AUGGGUGGCUUUUACGACGAGAUUGAAAUUGAGGAUAUGGUCUGGGACAUCGACAAGGCGGUCUAUCACUACCCUUGUCCUUGCGGCGACCGCUUUGAAAUAUCCAGACUUCAGCUUGCCAACUGCGAGGAUGUUGCCACUUGCCCAAGCUGCAGCCUCGUUAUUCGAGUGAUAUAUGACCCCUUGGACUUUGAAGAGGAGAAAGAUGGCUCAACAAAUGAUACAAGCGAAGCAUGA